AUGUCCGCUGCAUUCACGUUCGGGAGUUUGGGCGACAUCCUCACCCUAUGCCAGAUCGGCAUGGCGUUGGGGAAGGCAGUCGGCAGCAGCCAGGGAAGUGCGAAGACGUACCAAGCCCUGAAGACGAACGUCGACUCGUUUGUGCAGAUUCUGAUCAAAGUCAUUGCCGCUAUUCAAGAGCGUGAGCACACAGAAUGGAUGUCCGACCUCGACGCCAUCAUCAAGCAAACUGUCAACAGUUGUGCGGACGACAUGCGAGAGGCCUUGGCCCACUUCCGCGCACGCUAUGAGAGAGAUCUCGGGGACACCGGGCAGAAGUCCAGCAAUAUCAUCCGGACCGGGUUGAAAAAGGUCGAGUUCAAAUUUCGGGAGACUGAGAGACUCGGAAAUCUGCAGAAUAAUCUCGCUUCAAGUACACGUCAGCUUUCGCUUCUCAUCCUUCUUCGUGCUCAGUAA